UGUGUAUUCGUUGCGCCUCUUUGCUGAUCUUCUGUCUUAGUUCCCUGACUACGAACGGCCUCAGAAAUAUGUACUCAAGGCCGAUUAAUUGGUUCGUGCCUUGACCGCCGAUUGCUUCGACGGCCAAUUCUUCAUGGACGGACCUGUGUCUGGCUCCAUGAAGGCCAAAGAUUACAGUAUGCAUAUUCAGGUAUGGGCUAUAUUGUGCGGUGCUGUCACUGGCCCGAGGGCAGUAACCCUCUCAAAGAACUGCCUUUUCUCCCGAACACAGCAGCACUGCUGUCCGAGCCCGAGGAAUCAAGUGAGGCCCCUCAACGGCCUUCUCUUCCUACGUUUACGCAACCAUCGCUAGCCAUGUCUUUUUAUACGCUGCGCGCGGCGUCCUCAGUUGAUAACCAACUAUAUCUGGAGGCAUUCAAGACUUUUUGGGGGCCGUGGAAGCUACAGCUCUCGCAGAACCUUACAACCUGGAUGGAAGACAAGGUCUCUCAGCGUUCGGACUGCCACGCGUGGGGGGGUACGCCAAUUUGUAAAUUCAUGCGAGAGGUUUGCGGAGUCAAGCCUGCAAUGUCAGGCUGGGAAGUGAUUGAAUUCAAGCUGCGCACCACACUCUUCGAAACCUUUGAAUGCUCGUGUGCCAUUUGGGGGAAAAUCGUGGUCUAGCUCAGCCUCGGUCGGAUGGCAUCAAAAGAAGGAUCGGACAAAUGUCUAUCUGUCGCUAAAGAUCUCUUCCUGUACUGCUGUAGUCACCAUAAUCUGUCCUGGUAGCGCCGUGCGCAGUAUCAAGGACGCGGAAACUAUCCAUCUCUCUCUUUAGGACCUGCCGGUUAGGUGAACUAGCACAUGCUUCAAGAGUUGAUUACUAUCAAGG